GGCAGUUCUCUUCUAGUAGUAGGAUCCCUCAUCUUACACUAUCAGCAACGACGAACAGGCAGUCGAGAUUUAGCCACAUCUCCUCACGUCGAGACUUAUUGGUCUUUGUGUGAAGCAGGAAUUAUCUUCCCUGUGUUCGAGGUUCUACUAUCAUGGAGUUUACUAGAACACAUGAGACAGACGUGUGUGUUGUAGUUUCUACUAGUUUUUGCAAAUUAAUAAUUCUAAAAGCGUCUUAACAACGAGAGUUUUUACUAUGAUGGAGUUGGAGAGUAUAAAGCAAAAAGAGGCGAGCGAAGAAAGUCUUCGAUUUGAAAUGCAGUUGUGUGCCUGGGUUUAGACACAGAAGCAAAGGCUUGGCUUUUUCCUCUUUUUAGUGAAAAAAGACGAAAAUUCAAAUUGUGCCUUUAUAUUACUUUUUCUGAUUCUUUUCAUUCAUGUGAAAAUAGGAUAGAAAAUGUAUGUAGACGCAAAAGUUGUUGAAGUAUAGAAAGUGCUGCGUCCAUCAUUCAAUUAUUUGCAUUCUGUAGUUUAGACCUGUGACUUAUCAUUUCUUUUAUCGUUGAUCGUACUCAACAACUUACCAAAAAAAGACGCUUACAUUCUGCUCGGUAAACAAAAACUAAAGGGCACGUUCGAUAAUUUCAACUGAUCAAACAUACAACCAAAUUAUAGCUAACACUAAGAAAUUCAUCAGAUCAUCACGACUCCGACAGUCACACCUAUCUAGCACUUUCCUGUAGUUUAGAAGCUAGAAAUAGUCUUCUAGCAACAGUCUUUCUUGUGGCUUACAAACAAGGACGACGAAUAUCUCCAAACACUCUCUAGUAAUCGGAACACUUUGUUGUACAAUACCACUUUGAUACAACUCUGAGACAGCAACUUCUAAUCUACUAGUUUAACCGGUACUAUACACAGUCACAGUUACCUAUAUAAGUACUUUCUCUGAACUUUACAGUUACCUAUAUGAGUACUUUCUCUGAACGUUCUAUGCACAGUCACAGUUACAUACCUAUAUACUUUCUUGUACAGUCACAGUUAUUCGAAAGCUCAAAAUAACCGAGUUACUAACUGAAAUAAGGGAGGCAGCUCUCUCAACAUCAAGGCUAUCCUUCCUUCUCAUCAGUAUCUCGGUUAUUCUGAUCAAUUACUUGCUUAUUUCAGUUUUUCGAAUACAUACCUAUAUACUUUCUUGUAGUUUGGUACUCAAACUUUCUCUGAACUUUCUUGUAGUUUAGUACUCAAACAAGGAAACAAGAUGUGCACUCCCGAAGUGAAGCUUGUCCAGGACGCGGUGAGUGCCGUAGUCGCUGGAAAAGUUGAAGACUACAUGGCGGUUGUGGAUGACAACCUUAAGUUUUGCGUUUUAGGUGGUCUGGUUCCUGCCGGCAAGUGCUCGGGAAAUACCAAAGCUGCCUUCAUGGAAUGUGGAGCGGAACAAGGUACUGCGCAGUUGUGGUUUAGGCGUUGGCCUGUUCACUUAUCAGAUAGAAUAGUCCUAGGCACUGGAGUGCUAGACUCUUAGCCCUGCUAUGACCAUGUCAAAUGGAUCUGGUCCUGCUAUGACCAAUGUACUACUCCAGGUAGAGCACAGCUUCCUUGUAGUUGUAGUUUUUAGAGGUGGACAGAUGAACUUUUAUACUCAAUUACAAAGAAGAUUCUUAAGUAGAAGAAAUGUAAAAAUAACACUAAGGUGAGUAGUUCCGCCUGCUAAAGGACAGACCUGCAGUUUGAAAGCAGUCGUACACAAAAUCGUGCGAGAUGGAAAGAUUUGUUAUGGGAGAUGGUAGUUUUGGACUAGUUUUGCUCGUAAUCGUAAGUCAGGGCAGAUGAAGUGUUCUAAAUUUUUUUUCCCUAGACCGCUACAUGCAGCUACGAUUAUCAUCAGACGGACCUCUGAUCAUUCGGAAGCUGUUUGAGGCACCAACCUGGUAUUCGUCGUGCAAUGAAUCCUGGCGAAGUCCACUUCUGAAUUUUUACCAUCCCAACCUUCCCCACUUUUCUCUUCGCCAUUUUCAUUUCCCCGAAAAAUACCACAUUCUGGACCAACGUGCUGUGUGCGCUAUCACUGGUGCCAAAUAUGAGGUGCCGGAGGGGUUAAGCAUCGUCAAAGCGGCUUUGGGUGGAAUGGGUGCUGGAAAACCAGAGGAAUACUUUAACCGCGUUGCGCCGGCUUUUGAUUUCGAUGUCUUAGGGUGCUUUAUUCCUGGUGGGGUACCGUAUACUAUCCUGAGGUAUAAAUAUUUUUUACCUUGAGCAUUGUAUUACUGUGCUGAGAAACUACAGGUAAUUUAUAGUUUCUCGUGAUCUAUUACAUGGUUGUGUGCUAGUAAAUUCGGAUGUAAUCAUCUACUUCAUUCAUCUUCCGUACAACUCCCAUACACGACACCACAGUCCCAAGGAAAGUACUUCGAAACGAUUCGAUUUGUGCCGAAUAGCUUCUGCGGAUAUGGGGAGCACGUUACUUUCACCUGCGAAUGGGAGAUCAAGCUUAACUUAAGGCAUGGAUGUUGACUUACCGAAGAAUUAUAGCGCCUGGAAGUACUGAAACAGUGAAACAACAUGGAUUAAGGCCAGCUUCUAGUUUUGUCCAUCUUUCUCGGCAUCUUGGUACCCUUUUGUUCCCCUGUAUUCUUCUCAUGAAAUACAAGGUCCAAGGGGUCAAGAUGAGGGGGCCGAGAUGCAACCUAGCAGACUCUAAAUGGACAUGCUCGGUAAUUCUUACUCUUUCUACAAUUGAGUAAGAAAAGAAUCAAUCCAAUUCCAAUGAGCAUUCGUCUGUACUUGAACAAAAUGGCCACUAAGUCGGUACCCCUUUCUCCUAAUGACCGCUCCUGGCGGCGACACCACUAUGA